AUGCAGACAGUCAAGGUCACGAAACUCGUCACAUCCGGCUACUUGUGGGACUACUGGUUGGCCGAGCAUUCGCAAUACGGCUCGGUAAUCCUCAAACUCGUAUAUAUCCCUAAUUAUGCUUGUAACGAACCCAAUACUUGGGAGUACAUUGCUCCCGAUCAAGUACUGAAUGAAGCUCUGAAGGAAGAAAAGUUUUACCUUGGGCCUUUGUCGGAUUUACAAGGGCUGUUAGUGCCCAGGUAUUAUGGUCUCUAUCACACUGUUCCGGACGACUACCACUACGCCAUUCUAUUGGAAUUUGCAGACGUUUCUGGACCUGUCACGCACGAUCUGGAUUGGCGGGAGAAAUUGUACAAGGCAUACGAUAACUUACAUCUUCGAGGGGUUUGGCAUGGGAACCUGAGCUCUCGCCAUAUCCUAACCGAUAGUCACAAUCAAAUACGACUAGUUGGCUUUCGCCGUGCUUUAAAACUUGAUUUGACUAAUGAGGAUGAUGUCGAGAAGUUGAUGGUAGAAGCACUGGAAGUUAGGGAGCAUAUUGGGCUAGAAGUCAGGGAAGAAGUGAAAAUGUCGAUUCUCUCUCCAUUAUAUUAUGCAAAACUCAACGAACACGAUCGUAAACAUCUCGUCGACUCUUUCCCUCUUCGCUCACACCACCCCAUGCCCGAACCCUUGACCGGGUAUGCAAAGAUGAUAUUCGAGCUUUUCCCUUCGUCGGCUAUAGAGAGAGGGGAAGUUCGGUUUGAAGAUGUAUAUCCUUCACAGUGGAUCUCGAGACUCCCUAGCCCGGUGUUACAAGGAGACCAAGCGGCAGGCAUAACAGAGAGUUGA